GCGGCCUGGCGGGCGUGUAACGGCCGUUAGGCGAGCUGAGGGAGUGAACCGCCGCCCGGGGCUGACGUGGUGGCUGCAGUCGGCGUCCCUGUGUGAGGGAUUUCGCUGCCCGCUUUCGGCCCUAUUUGGCUCAAAUAACGGUGUUGAUGGCCAUGCAGGAGAAAUACCCAAGUGAGAGGAUCUCUCAUGCCACUUCACCAGGUUCCAGUGGAAUUCAAAAGGGUAGUUCCCUGGGGACUGAAUGGCAGACCCCCGUUAUAUCAGAGGCUUUUCGGAGUCGAUUCAGCCGCUGCUCAAGUGUAGCUGACAGUGGGGACACAGCCCUUGGCACAUCAUGCUCAGACAUUGCAGAGGAUUUUUGUAGCUCAAGUAGCAGCCCUUCUUUCCAGCCCAUCAAAAGCCACAUAACCAUUCCAACAGCCCAUGUGAUACCUUCUACUUUGGGGACCUCUCCUGCCAAGCCAAAUUCUAUACCUGCUGGACUCUCUUCCUCCAAACUCCCUUUGUCAGGGCUGGCUGAAGGUGUGGGGAUGACAAGAAAUGGAGACCUAGGUGCAAUGAAACGUUCUACAGGCCUGUCUAGAGAUUUCAUGUAUCUUUGUGGUGCUACUGGAGAAAAUGGAAUUGAGCAGUCCUGGUUUCCAGCAGUGGGCCAUGAAAGAGAAGAAGAGGUGAGGAAGUUUGAUAUUCCCAGUAUGGAGUCUACCCUUAAUCAGUCGGCAAUGAUGGAGACACUUUAUUCAGAUCCUCACUACCAAGUCCACUUUCACAACCCAAGAGCUGACACAAACAAGGAGUUAUACAAAGUGUUGCCUGAGACCAAGAAGGCACCGGGCAGUGGGGUGGUAUGUGAGCGGAAUGGACCUCACCCUAAUAGCAGUGGAGUGCUCCCUUUGGGACUCCAACCUGCUCCUGGCUUCUCCAAGCCUCUACCCUCUCAGGUAUGGCAACCGAACCCUGACCCUUGGCACCCCCGUGAGCGAUCUUGCGAGCUCAGCACUUGUCGUCAGCAUCUGGAGUUGAUCCGUUUACAGAUGGAACAAAUGCAGCUUCAGAAUGGAGCCAUCUGCCACCAUCCCGCUGCAUUUGCUCCAUCACUGCCCCCAUUAGAACCAGCACAGUGGAUCAGCAUCUUAAACAGUAAUGAACACCUUCUGAAGGAAAAGGAGCUCCUCAUUGACAAGCAGAGGAAACACAUCUCUCAGCUGGAGCAGAAAGUACGGGAAAGUGAACUGCAAGUCCACAGUGCCCUUUUGGGCCGCCCUGCCCCCUUUGGGGAUGUCUGCUUGCUGAGGCUGCAGGAAUUGCAGCGAGAGAACACUUUCUUACGUGCGCAGUUUGCACAGAAGACAGAAGCCCUGAGCAAAGAAAAGAUCGAGCUUGAAAAGAAACUCUCUGCUUCAGAAGUUGAAAUCCAGCUCAUCAGAGAAUCACUCAAAGUGGCGUUGCAGAAGCACUCAGAGGAGGGGAAGAAACAGGAAGAAAGGGUAAAGGGUCGUGAUAAGCAUAUCAAUAAUUUGAAAAAGAAAUGUCAGAAGGAAUCAGAACAGAACCGGGAGAAGCAGCAACGUAUUGAGACCUUGGAGCGCUACUUGGCUGACCUGCCCACCCUGGAAGACCAUCAGAAGCAGAGCCAGCAGCUUAAGGAUUCUGAGUUGAAGAGUACAGAGCUGCAGGAGAGAGUGACUGAGCUGGAGAGUUUGCUGGAGGAGACCCAGGCAGCAUGCAGAGAGAAGGAAGUUCAGCUGGAAAGCCUGAGACAGAAAGGAGCAGAAUUCUCCACUAGACAUAGCCUGCAAGAUAAGCAGUGUGUGGAGGAGGCCAGUGGAGAAGAUCCAGCCCAACAGGGAGAAGGUCCAAAAGUGGAAAUGGAGUCCUGGCAGAAAGAAUGUGAUUCCCUCCGAAAGGUUGUGGAGAAGCAACAGCAGAAGAUGGAUCAGCUGCGUUUACAAGUACAGAGCCUAGAGCAAGAAGUGGCUCAGGAAGAAGGAACAAGCCAGGCCCUGAAAGAGGAGGCCCAGCGGAGGGAGACAGCUCUGCAGCAGCUGCGUACAGCCGUGAAGGAGCUUUCAGUGCAGAACCAGGACCUGAUUGAGAAGAAUCUGACACUCCAGGAACACCUGCGCCAGGCCCAACCAGGGUCCCCAUCUUCACCAGACACAGCCCAGCUGGCAUUUGAGCUGCACCAGGAGUUGGCCAGUUGCCUUCAAGAUCUGCAGGCUGUCUGUAGUAUCGUGACCCAGAGGGCCCAGGGCCAUGACCCCAAUCUCUCCCUGCUCCUGGGCAUUCACUCUGCACAGCACCUGGGGACUCAGCUGGAUUUGCAGAAGCCGGAUAUGAUCAAGAGGAAACUAGAAGAGGUUCAACAGCUGCGCCGUGACAUCGAGGACUUAAGGACCACCAUGUCAGACAGAUAUGCCCAGGAUAUGGGAGAAAACUGUGUCACACAGUGAGGAAUGCUGGGGGUGGCACACGCUCUGUUCCCCCAGGGAAGAUCUGCUCUGCUGAAUGCCCAGUCUGGCAGGUCCUGCCCUGACAAUCUCUUGCCUCCUGUCUGCUGCUAUUCCCAGAGAGAAGGGGUGGAAGGGGUUAAGAACCUGCAUCUGGGGCCAAGGGCUGAUUAAGGAACUGUGCCUGCCCUGUCCCACAUUGGCUUUGCCUUGUUGGAUUGCAUUUGUCCUGUCAUCCUGAUUUACCCUUUGAGGGUGAGUUACUAAUUAACUUCUGCAGGUUGACUGAUAGGUCCUCACAGACCUUUCCAGCCCCAGGCUGAUGUCAGAGGUAAACAGCCUGCUCAAUUCCCUUUUCCAUCCUCUUGGUUGGAUCCACAUUCAUUCCCACUCCAUACCUUGGUCCUGCUGAUGCCCAGAGUUCAGUAGAAGGCCUGGAAAGGCUGAGUACCAGACACGAUGGCCAUGUGAGAAUUCUCAGGCCAAGAGGCCAGCCUGCCUGGGAUCUGAGCUGGCUUUCUUGGGUAUUCUUAGGCCUGGUCCCGCUGCUGCUUCCUCAGGGCUCUUGUUCUCACAGACGCCUCAGGGUGAUCUGUUUAUUAGCAAAGUGCCCACUAGAAUUGGCCUAAGGAUUAUAUCCAAGCCUGCCCCAUCUGUGUUGUCAUGCCAUUUUACAGGAUGGCCCACUCUCCAGCUGCCCUGUCCCUCGGGGCCCUGGCCACAUGAUUAGCACAGCUCCCUUCUCUUUUCUUCUCAGGCCAGUCAGGUAGCCCCCUUGUAAACUUUUCUUUAUGGUUCUGGAUUUGGGCAGGAUUUUCCCCAAGAAUACCACAGGGCAACUGCCAGGCUGCUCACCACCUCCUCCUGGGGCUAAGGGAUGGCAUCCAGCCCUGACUUGUGCCUCGCUUUUGUUUGGGGGCAGGUCCUUUCCCUUUCUUGCUCUGGGGCUUCUUGAGAGUUCAGAGUACCCAGUAUAGUUUGGCUCUAAGGUAUAGCUUUCCUUAUUUGCUGGGUUUUGUUUGGGGCCUUUGGACCCUAUGCUUUCUGGUUUCUCUUGCCUCCUCAUUUAGGGAGCAUCUCAAACACAAUUGUUUGUAUCUGGUUGUUGGGCUGGCCCCAGGCCUCCGCUAGAUCUGGAGCGAGGCCAAGCCAGGGCCUUGUAAGGGUAUGCAGGAGCACUGAGCAGUUCAGGAGCCAGCCACUAUGAGUUUGUUGGUAAGUUUUGAGCCAUCAGAGAAGUAUCCUGAACCUCACUCUUGGGUCUGAAUGAGACUAAGUGUUUUUACAGUUUUGUGUCUUUUUGAGUGAUGUAUCCCUUCCAUUCAGAACAGCCCCACCCAGCCAUCCCCUCAGCCUCUGGGCUCCUUCCUGCCUCCUAAAAGCAGAGCUGCCUGGUUGGUCUCCACCCUGUGUUGGGAGCCCAGCCACCAUGCUCAUGGGUAUUUUUCCUCAAAGUUUAUAAGCAGUUAUUUAUAUGAAUCCUUGUUAUGUCAACUGGUUUGUAUUGCCUAUUUUGACUACAAAAUAAAAUAGUUAACAAACUCCUCAGUUUUCCAUCACCAUCAUCACCAUCCCUUACUCCACCCCUCAUUUUGGCUUGUUGGAGCCAAAGCCUGGGUGUUUAGCCAAGUUCCCCAGAUGGCAGCAAGGAGGGACCUUUGGCAGGUCCAGCCUCACGUCUGUAUUUCUACCACUUCCGCUCCUCUGUUCUCUGUGGGGACAAAUACCUCUUCCCACACCACUUUCUAUUGGGUGAAGCGGCCCUGAGUCAUUGAGCAAGUCUCAUUGGAAAGAGUUUCAGUAAUCCUCUGAGAGGAAGUAGCUGCCGCUAGGUUGCUGUGAGGAAGUGGCUUCUCAGGAGCCAAGCAGGGCACUGUUUGCCCUAGGGAGCUGGGGUUCUCUUCCUGGGCUGCUAUUGGACCCUGGACCUGGGGAGGACUUGCGAGGGGAGUCAUGUCCAACCCCAGACAGCCAGCCACGCCUCCAAAUUUGGGCUGGUUGUUAGAGUCCACUCCCUCUGAACCCCCUAGAUUUUUUCUGGGAGCAGGAGCAGCUUUAGAAUGCCAUCUGGGAUUGGGACACCUGGGUGGCUCACUGGUUAGGUAACUGCCUUUGGCUCAGGUCAUGAUCCCAGGGUCCUGGGAUCAAGUCCCGCAUCAGGCUCCCUGCUCAGCAGUGAGUCUGUUUCUCCCUCUUCCUCUGACCCUCUGCCCGCUUGUGCUCACUCUCUCUCUCUCAAAUAAAAAAAAAAAAAAAGAAUGCCAUCUGGGAUUGAGGUUGAGCUAGGGCCACCCUAAGACCAUCUGUGGAUCUUUAACAAGGGUGGGCCAGGCUCUGCCUCCACCCUUCUAGAGCUAGCAGCCUCUUACCUUGGUCUCCAUCUGGUGCCUUGAGGGUGUGGCCCUGUCUCUGGCCGCCACCCUUCCUUGUCUCAACCUGCCUGAGUGGAGAGGAACUUCUGGGGAAAUCCCGCAGGGGCUGUCCCUGCUUUGGUGUGCCAAGGGGUUAGCCAGCUGUGAGGGUCACCUGGGGGGCUGUAGGAAGGGGUCCCUUGGCGUGAGGUUCCCUAGCCAACGAACUGUAGGUUUCAAACAGCCCAAGCCUUCAAAGCUCUGAAUCGUGGCACCAGGGGUGGGUAGCUGGGUGCAGCAAACCCCUGGGGGAGGCUAAGGAGGCGGCCUUUCCACACCGUCACCCCUGCUCUCCCUGGGCUUUGUGGCCACCCAGGCCCCUCCCCAGCCUCAUACUGAGCCCCAGAUCUGGGAAGGGCCGAAGGGGGCGGCCUCGCGCGGCGCUGGGGUCCUCCGCGCGCCCGGCCUCUGAGGGGGGAGGGGCGGGGGCCAGCUGUGCGCAGGGCGGGGUCGCGCAGGCUCCGCCCCGGCCGCACGCCUGCCCGCGCCGCCCAUUGGUCCCGAGAGCGGUGACUCGCGGGCUGAGCAGGAAGGAAACCGCUCCCGAGCGCGGCGGCGGCGUCUCCAGGCCGUGCAGCUGCAGCUACAGCCGUCCGUCCGCCUGUCGGCUCGCCAGUCCAGCCACAGCAUGAGCGGCCUGCGCGUCUACAGCACGUCGGUCACCGGCUCCCGUGAAGACUAUGAGCUCUUCGUGGAGGCUGUGGAACAAAACACGCUGCAGGAGUUCCUGAAGCUGGCUUGAGCCCACUGGACUCCGCCACCACGUUCCCCCCCAGCCACCGCCCGGCCAGGAAGGACCUUAGGACCAACUCCCUGUUAUUCCUAACCUUCUGACCUUGGAAUCGCUCCCCCCGCAACCCAAGCCCCUUCUCCCCUCUCCUCUGUUCAAAGGCAACAUUCCUUACCCACUAGUUUCAGAAAUUGUCUUAAGCAACAGCCCAGGUGCCGGCUGUCCUCAGCCAGGCCCUGAGGCCGCCACCCUGCCUGGCACUGGCUGAUGGGUGCCUUUGUUGGUUCCAUUAGCCAGGGCUCUGCCAAAGGCCCCGCAUUCCCCGUCCUGGGAGCACCCUAGAGACAAUUAAAUGUCCCAUUCCACUGA